AUGGCAGCUGCUUCGUUACAAUCCGCUUCGUUACCCGCGCUACUGAAUCGCGUCGGCGAGCUACACGAGGAAGUGAGCGACGCGAUCGAGCGCAGCCUCCAGUGCGACUUCUUCCUCUCCAGUGGCGGUGCCGCCGUCGCCGCCGCCGCCGGUGCCGCCGCCGAUUGCGCUUCUGCGGGGUCUUCUCCCUCUGGCCCGCUGGUGGCUUCUCGCCUGUCGCAACAGGAUUCGCCAACCAAAAACUCUAGCGGCUCUAGCGGGGACAAGUCUAACGGGGAUAAGUCUAGCGGGUCUGGAAGCAACAAUAGCUCCCCCUCCUCUUCCUACCAACGCGCCUAUGAAAAACAUGUCGAGUCUGCCCGGAAGGCCGGGCAGGACGAAAAGAUUCAAUCCGGGCAGGGAAGCGCCGAGGCGCGGAUGCUGAUUGCGCUCCGCGACGCGUUGGAGAUGCUGGAGUGGCACCUGGACCAGCUGCUGCAGUGCGAGGAGACGCUUCAGGAGAAACUUCAGGUGAAACAACAGAAGACGCUGCAGCAGAUAAACCAUCUGCGCGCGCCGCAGCGGCAGGGGCGCAGGGCGAGCGCGGGGAAAUCCGGGGCGCGGGGAGUCAACGCCGCCGCCCUCGCGGCGGCGGCGGCUGCCAGAGCGGCGGCGGCGGCGGGAGCCGCGGCGGGUUCCGCGGAGGGGGAGCGCGAGGCGGAGGCGGAGGCCGCCGCGCAGUGGGCGCAGAUGGUGACGGAGUUGAAAAUGGCGGCGCGGAUCGUGGCGUCGCAGGGGCGGUGCCACCAGGGGCGCGAGGCGGAGGUGGUUGCGCGUAUCCAGCAGCUGGCGGAAGACGUUGACGCGGAGCCCUUCCCCUUCCCUUCCGCCCAUGCCGCUCCCGCCAACCAGUGUCUUCCCCAGUUCCUGCAACAGCAACAGCAGCAUAAGUUAUUUACUUCCUCCGCCUUCUCCCCUUUCUCCGCCGGCCCUCUCCCCGCGUUGCUCCCUGCCCACGCGCCCUCCCCCUCCUCCUCCCCCUCCUCCCUCCUCCCCCAACCCCUCACUCCCGCGCAAGGCCCCGCCGCAGCGCCCUACUCCUCGGCGCAUCCCUUCUCCCCUUCCCCCUCCCCCUUCUCCGCUUCCGCGCUUUCCCCUUCCCCCUCGAAGGAAGCAUCCAAGCAACUUCCACCAUAUUACCAGCACCCGGAAGUGGCAGUGAUGGGCGGAGGGGCGGUGGCGGAGGGGGAAGACUCGGACGGGGAAAGCCCCACGAGCGGGCAGGUCGGGCAGAAUGACUGGGCGGUGGGCAGGCCGCCGGUCAGGAGAAAAAUAUUCGGGCAAGAGUCGGAGAGCGAGGAAGAGAGUGAGGGAGAAAGUGAGGGAGAGAGUGAGGGAGAGAGUGAGGAAGAAAGCGAAGGAAAGAGUGAGGGAGAACGUGAGGGACAGAGUGGGGGAGGGGGCGAUGGUCAUCAGGGGAAGGAGGGCAAAGGAGAGGACGAGGGCGAGAGUGCGGGUGCAGGAGAUGCUGCCAGUGACCAGAGCAAGACUGAGGCGCCUGAGAAGGAUGUGGUUAAUAAGCAUGCUGCUGCUGCUGCUGCUGCCCUGGGGGGUGGGGAGGGAGCCAUUGAGGGGGUGGUGGGGAGGAUGGCUCGCCUCUCCUCCAUCCUCCUCCACCCCGUGACUCUCAGCCUGGGAGGACUUGUCGGUGUCUCCCUUGGGAUUGCCGCUGCCACGUCAGCAAGGAGGGGGGGAGGGGGAAGGCACUGGGGGGUGGUGAGGAGAGGGGUGUUGGGAGCGCUACCGAGACCGGGCGCUGAGACUGCUGUUGCGUGGAGGGAGGAGGAGAGGGAGCGGGAGAAGGAGAGCGAGAGAAAGAGGGAGGAGGAGAAGGCGAGGGAGGUUGAGGCGUGGGGUUUGGACGAGAGGCUGUGGGCAGCGGAAGGGGAUUGGGGAGAGGACGAUGGGUCGUUUGGUGUGAGAGAUUGGGGGGAGGAGGAUGGGUAUGGGAGUGUUGGGGAGGCGGACGAAGAAGAAGGAUCGGAAGAGGAAGAGGAAGGGACGGAGGAGGAGGGUGGUGUGUGGGGCGUGAGUGGUGGUUCAGGGGAGGGUGAAGGGAAGAGCGAGGGGGAAGAGGUGCAGGAGCGAAGCGGGGGUCUCUUGGCGUUCUUGCAAAGGGAAGCAAGGCGACUCAAAGGGGAGUCGGAUGCGGCAGGUGUGGUGGGAAGAGGCGGAAGCGAGGAGAAGGACAGGACAGGUGGGGCAGCGUGGGGGGCAGGGCAGGCGGGGGCGUAUGCUGCUGCAGUGCUGGAACGGUUAAGGGAGGAGGUGCGCGUGAGGGAAGAGGCGCUGGCGAGAGUGAAGGCGAGGGGAGAGGAGCUUGAACGAGUGAGGAUGAGAGAGCUGCAGCUGCUGCAGGGGAAACGGGGCGAAGUGGGGGCGGCGGAUGCAGGGGAGGGAGGGGAGGCAGGAGGGGAGGAGAUAGGGGAGGAGGGAGGGGAGAAGGCAGGGGAGGAGACAGGGGAGGGGAAAGGGGAGGGGAAGGAGGAGGGGAAAGGGGAGGGGAAAGCAGUGGGGGCAGCAGGGGGGGUUUGGAGGGGGGUUUGGGGUUUGGGGGGUUUAGAUGAUCCCCUGCUGGCUGCUGUUCUCAGAGACCUCUCUGUGCAACCGGUUGACUCUGGCAAUGCUGCUGCUGGUGCUGGUGCUGGUGCUGGUGCUGGUGCUGGUGCUGGUGGUGGUGGUGAUGAUGAUGUGGGCAUCACUCCGCUGCCGCGGUUGAACAUCAGCAAGCCGCAGGGCGAGUGGGACCACCAGCAACAGCAGCAGGACCAGCAGCAGCAGCAGGACCAGCAGCAGCAGCAGGACCAGCAGCAGCGGCGGAAGCAGCUUCAUGGCGGCUUUGAGCAAGAGUGGGAUGGGAUGAGCACUCUUAGCAAGCCGGGCUCUGAUGCAUGUGCUGCUGGUGCUGCUGCUGGUGCUGCUGGUGGUGUUGCUGCUGGUGGUGGUGAGUUCAGGGAUUGUGGAAGCUUCUUGGAAGCAGCACAGGGCUGGUUGGAGAAGGUCCAAGAAGGGAAAUCUCAGAUUGACAGUCAGAUGCUGAAAGCGGGUGACACACUGCAGAAGGCAGGUGCGGCAUUACUUGACGCGCCUCGGAACACCAUCCAUGCUGCAGGCCAGGCGCUCCCGAACGUGAUUCCGAGCCUGCUGCCGUGCGUCGCUCGCAAGUACGAGAGGCUGAAGCGGCGCGGAUGGGUGGGGGUGCUGCGAGGAGGGGGUAACGGCAGCGAGGGCAGCAAUGGGGAGCAGGGCGGGUGCAAGGAUGAAAGGGAUGAAAAGGAAUAUGGAGCACAGCAGGCACGACAUGGGGUGAAUGGGACACCUGGUGUGGUGAUGGUCCCAGGUGUUGCAGCAGGGGGGUCAGGGCAUGGAGGAGGGGAUGGGUUCUGGAUGGAUCUGAAGGAGAAGGCUCGGCAGUUGAGCAUCGGACGGAAGAGGGGGAGGGAGUGA